AUGCGGGCAACCAUCUCCGCAGUUGGCACCACUUCCGCAUCAUCCGCCAUAGCCAAAGCCCAAAACUCAAGCUUGCCCGGCGAAUCCUCCAACAGUGCUUGCCUCUGUACCAUUGAGUUCAAGUUGCCUCAGUUAUCAGCUGCAAGAUCGUACGGUCUUGGGCUGAAGUUUGAGCAUGGAAAACUUCAUAAAGGAGGAAGUAUAUUUGGAACUAUCUUUGCUGCCAGUAGGAAGACCAGAGUAGAACCAACUUCUAGGAAGCGAGAAGCGUAUCCCCACCAAACUCUACCUUCAAAUGCAUCGGCAAAUUUCGUGUUCCCCGUCAGCCACAAAUUCAACGGCCGUGACGGGCGGUCGUUGAGCGAGCUCAAAGCCCAUGAUUCCCUCCGCUGCGGCCGGAUUCUCGCCGGCUCUGCUUCUGCGGUGGAUGUACAGCUGGGCGGCAAUGGCCGUCCGUCAGAGACCAGAUUAUACUUCGCCAAGCUCGGGAUCGGCUCGCCGUCGAAGGACUAUUUUGUCCAGGUGGAUACAGGGAGUGACAUCCUGUGGGUCAAUUGCAUCGACUGCACUAACUGUCCAACGAAAAGUGAUAUUGGCGUGAAGCUCACUUUGUAUGAUCCGAAAGGCUUUUCGAGUUCGAAUGCUGUUACUUGUAAUCAGGAGUUUUGCACGUCGAAAUACAACGGUCAGCUUCCGGGCUGCCGGCCGGACUUGCUCUGCCAAUACGACGUGACUUGUGGCGACGGAAGUGCGACGGCGGGAUACUUUGUGAAGGACACUAUUCAAUUUGACAAGGGGACUAAUGGCAGUGUUGUGUUUGGUUGCGGAGCUAAGCAAUCAGGGCAGCUGGGCAAGUCAUCCGAGGCGCUUGAUGGGAUUCUAGGAUUCGGGCAGGCGAAUUCGUCUGUGUUUUCCCAGCUGGCUACUUUCCGUUCCAAAAGAGCUAUCAGCCUUCCGUGA